AUGGCUGCCGUCUUAAAUUUAAGUAAAAUUCAUUUAAAUUCGUUUAAUGUACGUUUAAAAGCUGUAAUUGUUAACAGAAAUUUUUCUUAUGUGUUUCAAGAUAAACGGACUUUUAAUAAAUGUGUUUCUUCAGUUUAUUACAGCACCAAAAUAAAUUCAGAGAAGACAGAGAAAAGUAAGGUCAGUGGAGGUAUUUUAGCUAUAGCAAAAAAUAAAAUAGCAUCAAUUACUCCAAAACCUCAACCUGUUAGAGGAUGUUUUCACCCAGGUGCUUCUGCAUUAUCAAGAGAAACAAUACCUUUAAAAAACCAGAGUCCUGUAACUGGAUCACAGAUGAUACAAGCAAUGUUACAAUAUAUAUGGCCAGAGAAUGAUAAAUCGAUAAGGGAUAGAGUCAAAUUGGCUGUAUCAUUGCUUAUCGGUGCUAAAGUACUGAAUGUAUGUGUCCCAUUUCUUUUUAAAUAUUCAAUAGAUUAUUUGAACGUGGGGCAUACUUUAAACAUGGAGACAGCCCCUGAGACGGUAGCCACUGUUGCUACAAGUUUAUUAUUAGGAUAUGGUAUAGCUAGAGCUGGAGCAGCAGGAUUUAAUGAACUAAGAAACGCUGUUUUUGCAAAAGUUGCUCAACAUUCAAUUCGAAAAAUUGCUAAAAAUGUAUUUCUUCAUUUACAUAAUCUAGAUAUGGCAUUUCAUCUACAAAGGCAAACAGGAGCUCUAUCAAAAACAAUAGAUAGAGGAUCUAGAGGUAUAAAUUUCGUUCUAUCUGCUAUGGUAUUUAAUGUAGUGCCAACAGUUUUUGAACUUGCUUUGGUUUCUUCUAUUCUUGGUAUCAAAUGUGGUGCUGUGUUUGCAGGUAUUUCAUUAAGUUGUGUGGGUGUUUACACUCUUUAUACAUUAUCUAUUACACAAUGGAGAACAAAAUAUAGGGUUUAUAUGAAUAGAGCCGAAAAUGAAGCAGGGAAUAAAGCCAUUGAUUCAUUGAUAAAUUAUGAAACUGUUAAGUACUUUAAUAACGAAAAAUUUGAAACUGAUCGUUAUGAUAGUGCCUUAAAGAAAUAUGAAUCGGCAAGUUUAAAAACUUCUUCUAGUUUGGCCAUGUUGAAUUUUGGUCAAAGCGCAAUUUUCAGUGCAGCCUUAAGUGGAAUUAUGUUGUUGUCUGCCAAUGAAAUCGUUAAAGGAAAUAUGACAGUUGGAGACUUGGUAAUGGUAAACGGAUUAUUAUUCCAGCUAUCUAUACCUUUGGGAUUCCUUGGAAGUGUUUACAGAGAAGUCAGGCAGGCUCUAAUAGAUAUGCAAACCAUGUUCACACUCAUGACGAUGGAAAGCGUCGUCAAGAACAAACCGAAUGCUCCCUACCUUUACGUUGAUCCUAAAAAUACUCCGAUAAAAUUCGAAAAUGUUUCCUUUGAAUAUGGACCUGGUAAAGAAAUUUUCAAUAAUUUGAAUUUGACAAUCGAGCCAGGACAAAGGGUCGCCAUUGUUGGCGGAUCUGGCUCAGGUAAAUCUACACUUAUACGUCUUUUAUACCGAUUUUUCGAACCCACAAAAGGUAGAAUUCUUAUUGGAAACCAGGAUAUACGGGACGUUGACUUAGAAAGCCUUCGUAGAUCAAUAGCCAUAGUGCCACAAGACAGUGUACUUUUCCACGACACCAUCAAGUAUAAUAUCAAUUACGGUGACCUUCGAGCCACGGAAGAAGAAGUUAUAAAAGCUGCACAGUUAGCAGAAAUUCACAAUUCCAUAUUAACCUGGCCCAAGGGGUAUGACACUCAAGUCGGUGAAAGGGGUCUCAAGCUGAGCGGAGGAGAAAAACAAAGAGUCGCCAUAGCUAGAGCCAUUUUAAAAAAUUCUCCCAUUUUGGUGUUCGAUGAAGCCACCAGUUCGCUUGAUUCUAUAACUGAACAUAAUAUCUUAAAAGCUCUGAGGAACGCUUCCCAAGGACGUACUAACAUAUACAUCGCGCAUAGAUUGAGCACUAUCAUGGAUGCCGAUGAAAUUAUUGUUUUGGAAAAUGGACAAGUUGCUGAUAGGGGUUCCCAUGAUUCGUUGCUUCACAAUAAAUCUGGAUUAUAUUGGCAACUUUGGGAUACUCAAAAUCAAACUCGUCGCGCCAGCGACAAUGAUGAUAAUAAUAAAGAGUAUAUAAAAGUUAAUAUUUAA